CUCUCUCACUACUAAUAACAAACCUACAAACAAACAAACAUCAAACCGAACUAAAUUUCCCAAUUCCUUAAACAACUCAUUCCACUCUUUGAUACCCACAAAAAUCACUUCUUCAACUAUUGAUUAUCAUCAAAGAUUUCAGUUUUUCAAUCAAGAACUGAAAGGAGGAAUCAGAGCCCUCAAAUAGGGUGAAGUUUCCUCUUGAAAAAUGCUUAGUAUCUUCAACAAAAACCUCCGGCGACUCUGCUCAAAGUUCCGGUGGCCGGUGCGCCGCCGUGCAAAACCGAAAGUCAUUAUCAAAAGGUUCGGGAAAUCGAAUUCCAGAACUCAGGAUUUAUCAAACACAAAUGGGUCAGCCACAAUUCAUCCAAAUAAUCAUUUGGGGAAAUCAGAAACCCCAAUCCGAAUCGCAACUUUUAAUGCCGCUUUGUUCUCCAUGGCACCAGCAGUUCCAGAGUUGACUGAAAAAGCUUCAAGCUUUGACUAUGGCGAAGACGAACAAGAUUACAGUAGUAAGCUCCAUGAGCAGUUCAGAAACUGUAUCAAAACAGCAGAAAUUCGCAAAAUCAAAGCUAAGAGUUUCAAUCAAUUUACCGGACAACGAGAUCUCACUGAAGCGAAGUGGGCAGUUAAGCUUCGCCAUAGACGAAACGGAAGAAGGCCCGAGUUCAAAAACUAUUUUCCUUCAAAAGAAUCUGAAAAUCAAAGAGGGAAAGGUUAUAGGUCAACGAAAACUGUUCUUGAAGUUUUGAAAGAAUUGGAUGCAGAUAUAUUAGCUUUACAGGAUGUUAAAGCAGAAGAAGAGAAAGAUAUGAAGCCAUUAUCGGAUUUGGCUGCUGCUUUGGGCAUGAAUUAUGUUUUUGCCGAGAGUUGGGCACCGGAAUACGGCAACGCGGUUUUAUCAAAAUGGCCGAUUAAACGAUCCAAAGUUCAAAAGAUUUUUGAUGAUUCCGAUUUCAGGAACGUAUUAAAGGCAACAAUUGAUGUUCCACAAACUGGAGAAGUUGAUUUCCACUGUACACUUCUUGAUCAUCUUGACGAAAAGUGGCGUAUGAAGCAGAUAAAUGCCAUUAUUGAAUCUAAUGAGAGACCACAUAUUUUAGCCGGAGGUAUCAACUCUCUUGAUGAAACUGAUUACUCACCCGAAAGAUGGACAGACAUUGUAAAGUAUUAUGAAGAAAUGGGAAAACCGACACCAAAAGUUGAAGUGAUGAAGUACUUGAAGAACAAACAAUACACCGACGCUAAGGAUUUUGCGGGAGAAUAUGAAUCGGUAGUCAUCAUCGCGAAAGGCCAAAAUGUACAAGGUACGUGUAAGUAUGGUACAAGGGUAGAUUACUUAUUGGUGUCACCCGACUCUCCAUAUAAAUUUGUUCCGGGUUCAUAUAUGGUUUUAUCAUCAAAAGGUACUUCUGACCAUCAUAUAGUCAAAGUCGAUGUAACAAAGGUAGAGGUGCCACCUCCACAACAAUACGUUAGAUCAAGGCAUCAUCGACAUUCUAAACAAAAAGUUGUGAAAAUAACAAAUUCUAAUUCAUCAAAAGGUGUAUGGAAGAUGCAAACGUUAGAUAGAUCAUAGAUAUAUAGAUAAAUUAAUAUUGAGAUAGUUAC